AUGGUAUCAGAAUCUAAUCACCACCAAAACAUAUCUGAUAAAUCCAAUCACCACCAAAACCCAUCUUUGUCAAUCCCACAAUUCCUCAUUUCCAUACCUCCUGCCCGCCCGCCCUUUCAACACCCCUCUAAAAACACAUUCCAGCGACCUUCCUCAAUUACGGUGAAAACUCAAUCCGUUUCAAAACCCAUCUCUGCCAGCAACCAUCCUAAAACAAAAAACACAAAUAGGCAGAAUGGGAAAGGCGAUUUGAAGCUUAGGGUUUAUGAGAGGCCGAUCGAGAGCCGCGCCCCCUCGAGAAGGAAGAACAGGGCCGAUGAUGGCACUCGAAAGACUCUGUUCGUGGGGAAUCUGCCUUUCAACUGCUCCACAGAAGAUCUAUUCAAGAUAUUUCAGAGGUAUGGCAGGAUCUCAGAGGUAUAUCUCCCCCUCUUUCCUGGCACAAGCAAAUCAAGGGGUUACGCUUUCAUCCGCUACAUGUAUGAAGAUGAUGCUCGUGGAGCCAAAGGUGUACUAAACGGGCAAAAGAUCGACGGAAGGAGGGUUUUUGUGGAAGAGGCCAGAUCCAAACCAUUUCGCCCAUCCUCUUUAGAAAAUCUCUUCCACGGAACUCAUCAGCCGAACGUAGAGACAAAUUAG